AUGGCUGAACUUUUAUCAUUAGGUAAAGAAGAAAGUGCUAAAAUUAGAGUGGAAAACAUUGUUCGUGAAGAUAUCUAUGUGGAACUCUUGGAAAUGCUUGAACUAUAUUGUGAACUACUUUUAGCCAGAAUUGGUCUUUUGGAUAAGAAGGAAUGCGAUCCAGGCUUGGAGGAAGCUGUUAAGACGAUCAUUUAUUCAGCACCACAUACUGAUUUAAAAGAAGUCAAUUCAGUCAGGGAUAUACUUAUUCAUAAAUUUGGUGCUGAAUUUGCACGUUCAGCUAUUGAGAAUGAAGAUAAUGUUAUUCCAGAGAAGAUUACCAAGAGAACAGCCGUUGAAGCUCCUUCACAAGAACUUGUUUCAUUAUAUUUAAAAGAGAUUGCGAAAGCAUAUGAAGUACCAUUCAGUGAGUUAGAUGAUGAGAUAGAUAAUGAACUUGAAGACCUGGAUGAAGAUGAUGAAGAUGAUGACGAUGAAGGUGGUAGUGGGAAACCAAUUCAAUUAGAAGAACCUUUAGAAGAUUAUCCAGAAACUGAAAGAAUGUCUACACCAAGAAAACUUUCUGCACAUAGUUUACCAAAUCCAAAUGAAGUUAAGAAAUCACCAAUUUCUAUACGACCACCUCAUAAAUCUAGUGAUAAUCCAAAUCCAUCUGUUAAAAUUCCUGAUGAUGUUCAAAAAAACGUCACCAAGAAGAAACGUCCAAGUGAUGUGGGAACUAAACCAACAACAAAAGAGGAUAACGAUUUGGAUGCAUUGAGAAAGAGAUUCGAAGCGUUAAAAAGAUGA